CUUCCAAGGGUUUGGAGUGAAGCACGUAGCAAUACUCAGGAUUUCAGGCUGAAAUGAGUUUCCUUGGUGGUUUAUUCGGUCCUGUGUGUGAAAUUGAUGUCAUACUGAACGAUGCGGAAACUCGGAAGACGGCCGAACUGAAGACAGAGGAUGGGAAAGUGGAGAAGCACUACCUGUUCUAUGAUGGAGAGUCUGUGUCAGGAAAGGUAAAUCUCAAUGUGAAACAGACAAGCAAGAGAUUAGAGCAUCAAGGAAUUCGAAUCGAGUUUGUCGGGCAGAUAGAACUCUUCAGUGACAAGAGUAACACGCAUGAGUUUGUGAACCUGGUGAAGGAGUUGGCUCUUCCAGGCGAGCUGACUCAGAAUCGCAGCUAUGACUUUGAGUUCAUGCAGGUGGAAAAGCCGUAUGAGUCCUAUGUUGGCGCCAACGUUCGGCUCAGGUAUUUUCUGAAGGUGACAAUAGUGAGGAGACUGUCUGAUCUGGUGAAAGAGUAUGACCUGAUCGUUCACCAGUUGGCCACGUACCCUGACGUCAACAACUCCAUCAAGAUGGAAGUGGGCAUUGAAGACUGCUUGCACAUAGAAUUUGAGUACAACAAAUCCAAGUAUCACUUAAAAGAUGUGAUUGUGGGCAAAAUCUAUUUCCUGCUGGUGCGAAUCAAAAUCCAACACAUGGAGCUUCAGUUAAUCAAGAAAGAGAUGACAGGAAUAGGACCCAGCACAACCACGGAGACGGAGACUGUAGCUAAGUAUGAGAUCAUGGAUGGGGCUCCGGUCAAGGGUGAAUCCAUUCCCAUCCGUCUGUUCUUGGCCGGUUACGACCUGACUGCUACGAUGAGAGAUGUCAAUAAGAAGUUCUCGGUCAGGUACUUCCUCAACCUGGUGCUUGUGGAUGAGGAGGACAGGAGAUACUUCAAACAGCAGGAAAUUGUGUUGUGGCGAAAGGCUCCAGAGAAACUGAGAAAGCGUAACUUCCACCAACGCUAUGAGUCUCCAGAGCCGCGCCCCACCCUCUCUGCCGAGCAGCCGGAGAUGUGAGGAGGACUGGCAAACCAACCAAUCACGGGACACAUGCUCCCCUCAAUCGCAAGAGAGGAGAACCCCUCCCACCGAACAUGCAUACAGACCGCCUUCAGACCACUCUCCACCACUCGUGGUGAUUUGGCUGUGUCUACUCUGCCGUCCACAGCAAGCAACCUGUUAAUACAUAAGGACCUGUCUCCUUUUUUGUGACAUUAGAGAAUGCACUGGAACCAAUGGAAGCUACAAUGUCAAUCAUAUAGCACGUUUCAGGGGUCCUCACCUCUCUCCCUAGAUUAGUAUUUGGGGUUUUUUUCCCAAUGCACUUGGUAAUGUUCUUGAUGCUCCACACACAGAAAACUACAUUUGGAUCCCUUAAAUAUUGUGUCCUUUAAAAUGCUGUCUAGAUAUAUGGAACUAGAGGUUACUGUAACAGUUGGCAUUGACUGCUGGGUCACCGUCACUGGUUGAUAAACAAUAGAAAGGCAUUAUUCAUGUCACCAGGCCAUAGCACCGUAAUGAGUCUGCCAUCCACCUGAAGGGCUUCAUUUACUAAAGCUGCUAGCAUAUGCAGCACAUUUGGACUUGUAUCAUGAAAAACCAAAAACAAUGCCAAUGUUUGGUCAAUGGUCAAUUUCUUUUGAACCAAUUAAAAGCUGUUACUCUUUUUGCCUGUGCUAACCCCAUAUUCUGGUGGCUUUAGUAAAUCUGGCUGUAAGAUUUAAAAGAUAUCAAACUCAUGUAGUGUCAAAACUGUAUGUUUCCUUUUCAUUUAACGAAUGGUUGUAUUGCCAACUACAUUUUCCACUUUGAAACAUGUCAGAUGCCCUGUGUUUUUGCCAGACCGGCUUUGGGUUGAAAAAUCAAGGUGAAGUGCUAUAGUCAGUUUUGUAUUACAGGAUCAACCUGAUAGGUUAAGACCCCCCCCCCCCCCCCCUUUUUU